GUUACGUAUCCCGGCGCUCAGGGCGCACAGCAGAGGCGCACAGGAGACCCGCAGCUCGCACAGCGCUAUGUGAACCACGGACUGUUCUCUUCCACACACACACACACACACACACACACUCUCACACAGGACUAUUUCAGCGGAUUGUUCAGCUCACUGAGUGGAGCUUCGUUUUUUUUUAAGAGAUGGGAAACUCAUAUGCAGGCCAGCUGCGCACCACACGUUUCGAAGAGGUCCUGCACUAUUCCAUCGAGGCGUCCCUGCGCUCCAACAGCGUAGUACCCAGACCAGUCUUCUCUCAGCUGUAUCUAGAACCAGAGCAGAGGCCCAACUCUCAAGAAGGCAAAUGGAAAAUGGGGAAGAUGAGGAUGAGGAUGGCUCAGAGUCCAGCAGUCCUCCUAUUUCAUAUCAGAUGAAGCCUGCUCCAGAAGGGUCCUGCACUACUGAUGGAUUCUGUCAAGCAGGCAAAGACCUGCGAUUGACCUCAAUGCCUACUGAAAAUCUGGACGUGCCACCGGGAUUUCUGCUGGUCGGGGCCAAAUCUCCCAGUAUUCCUGGCCACAUACUGGUGUGUGCAGUGGAUCGACGUUUUCUCCCGGAUGAACAUGCGAAUGCACUUUUAGGCUUCUCAGGGAACUGCAUGGGCUGCGGUGAGAUAGGAUUCCGCUACUUCACCGAGUUCUCAAACCACAUCAACCUGAAGCUUACCACGCAGCCCAAGAAACAGAAGCACUUAAAAUAUCAUCUUCUCCGCAAUGCACAGGGGGUGCUGGUCAAGGGUCCACUCAUCUGCUGGAAAGGAAUAGAUAGCCGCAUUAGACAGACCUCCUCACACGCUUCUGGGGGUCUAGAGGAGCAGCCGUCCGGUCCUGUAACAAGCAACACGCUGCCUAAUUCAGGACAUGUAGGUCUGAGCACAGCCAACUGCACAGAUCUAAACACACAUCUCCAGGUAUCUAAAACCUCUCCUCCAAUGAUCAAUGGCAACCAUGUUGCAGCAUCCCAGCAGCCUCUGCACCAGCCAGGCCUGGUCACCAACGGCCCAGGAAGAUCUACAGGUAAAGGAUCUAUGGCAAACACAGGACCACCCAAAAAGAGACACAAGGGCUGGUCCCCGGAAUCCGCAGGACACACCGAAGUAAGCGGUAGACCUGUGGCCUCCAACCCAGUCAAUGGCACGAAAUCAGACAUUGGAACGUCUGUGUCUCAAGGGUCUUCACCCUCCAUUCUCCCAGAGGAGUCUGUUUCAGUGCCUAAUAAUCUGCUACAGACCUGUGGAUUGCAGCCAGUUAUCUUUAAAGGGCAUGGGGAUCUGCCGCGUCUGUGUGGAAACACAAGCGAAGUGUUGGUAAACGGGUGGCUGCACGCAUGCUACAGCAGUUCCCAGAACCUACCACGUGUUUAUGAGCAGUAUGGAGCCACCUCCAUCCAGCCGCUCUCCACUGAGAUGCAGGUCCUGCUGACUGUCUACUAUCUGGUACAGCUGGGCCCAGACCAGAUACCCCUGAUGGAAGACCUGGAGCAGAUUCUCAUGCGUUCUUGGCGCGAGUCACACCUGACAGAAAUUCGUCAGUACCAGCAAAGUCAUGCCCAGUUUCCUGCCCCACUGCCUGGCCUGGCACAGCCCUUAACUCCCUCUCAGCUUCCUUGGCUGGCCAAGCUAGCCACUAGCUCCUCUGGGGAAGCUGUUCUAGUGUUGGAUACAGCACCCUCACUGUCCGAGGCACUGGCAGACAUCUUCCGGAGGCUAAUGGAGGGCAAGCUUAGUCACACACAUUUUGUGGUGAUCAUUUGCAUGGGCAGGAGCCAAGAUACUGAGUCCUGCAUAGUGGUCACAGGGAAGCACCAGGCACGGGCACUUGCCGAGAGUAUGCUCUCCCCAAGCGAAUGUGUAAAAGAAAUCAGUCAGGAGCUUUCCUCUGGAAUGAGUGCUGAAUUAGAUGCCUAUGUUAGCUCCCUCGGUCCAGAUGGAAAUGUAGAGAGUUUGCUGGAGAAAGUCAACGCAGAGACGUACAACCCCUCAGCUCAGGCACCUGGAAAGGAAACCCUUUCAGAAGCCAUGUGCACAGAAUAUCGGGUUCAGUGGCACGAGAUUCGACCCAUUCAGCUAGCAGUGGCACGAAAGCUGUUGUCCCAUGUGUGUGCCAUUGCUGACUCCAGCACCCACAACUUGGAUCUUGGCUCUUUCGACAAGGUUGAGUUCUUAAUCUGUGUGCCUCCUUCAGAGGUGACUUUCCAGCAAGUGGUUCUUCACCUGUGGAACUCAGGGGUCCUUCAAGAAUUAGGCAUGGACCAGGACUGUUUGUCCACGAAGGACGCUGAGCAGUAUGUGAUCAAAUUAGAUCAGGCUGCUGCAGCUAAGAUCAACGGUCUCAUUCAGAAAUCUAAGCUGAACCCGUAUACUCUUUUUAUACUGGUGCACGAUCAUGCACACUGGGACGUCAGCAGUGAGCAGACUGGGAGGGGGGGUGGCUUGUCCGGCUUAGGACUGGUGGACAGUCUGCUGAACUGCAGGCAUAUUCAAGAGGCACCCAAUGUCCUGAUUCUUCAUGUGACCUCCUUCCCUUUUGCCCUGCAGACCCAAUAUACACGUAUCAGCCCCUAUAAUGAAAUCCAUUGGCCAUCAGCAUUCAACAAUGAUGUGGAUCUGUACCAGGAAAAAACUAAAUACUUUGGCGUGUCUGAGCUGCUGGAAUCCACUCGCUCAGGAAGCGGUUUGCCUCUGCUGCGCUUUGACAGUUCAUUCGAGAGCAUGGUCACUGCCCUGGAAGAAAGGUUUCCAAAACUGCACAGCUCUGUAAUCCGUACUCAGGUGCUUCUCCAGCACUAUUCUGUGGCUUUGUUAGCUGCUGCCAGAGGUCAGGUCCAGUUGCAGAAACACACCUCUGUUGAAACACUGGAGAUAGUUCAGUGUCUGCUGGGGUCGACACAACGCUGCUCAAGCCACCAUGGCUACAUGCUCCUGCUGCGUAUACCUUUCCCAUGUCUGGCAGCACUGGCACAUCAGCGCCUGUGUCACAUCCGUGAUCGCCUGGGCCUCCACGAGCACUUUGAAAUUGUGCUGGGAGACCCCACGUCGGGGAUCAUUGUGGGCAAGCACUUCCUGAGCCAGCUAAGGGUAUGGCUGAAGAUCCAGGACCCAGACUGGACCCCUCGCACAUACCUAGAUUUAGAGGCUUUGCCUUGCAUCCUCAUCUUUACUGGCAUGGAUCCAAUGGGAGAGUCAUUGCCAAGGUCUUUGAAGUACUGUGAUGAGCGUGUAAUAAGCUGCUGCGCUCUGCAGCGCACAGCUCUGGAGCAGGAACUCGGUCUGGCUGCGUAUUUGGUGCGGGUCGAAGAGCAGAGGCAGCAUGGACCAAAAGCGUCUAGCGAGCCGUCUGAGAGCGAUCCUGAUAAACUCAGCAGCACCGACAACGAGGAGGAAGAGUCCGUAGCAGAUGUGAGUAGUGCCGUCCCCGGCCAGGAUACCUCCCAGCAAACCCAGGACGAAUUGUCUCCUAGCAAACCGAGCCGUUCCUCAAAAUCCACCUCUCCUGACUCCUUGUCAUCGUCGCAGACCUCUUCACAGCGUUACUGCUGCGCCUGGGCGCGCAACAUGAACAGGCCACCGGUUGUUCUCCUCCCCAAAACUUUAUAUGACCUGAUCACCACUGUCGACGCUAGUGGCCUGCCCAAGCCAAUGUCCUUCCUCCCACACCCGUGUGUAGAGUGGGCCACCGCCUUCAGGCCCCUUCUCAGCAAAAUGAUGACGUGCACAGAGCAGUCUUUGUACUACAGGCAGUGGACUGCCCCCAAACCUCAGCACAUGGACAGCAGCAAUUGGACAGAGGGACGCACGGACAACUUUCAUCCUCGCAGGCUGCUCCUCAGUGGGCCACCUCAAGUUGGAAAAACUGGGGCAUAUCUACAGUUCCUGGGCAUUCUCUCUCGAAUGCUGAUCCGGCUCAUGGAGGUGGACAUUUUUGAUGAAGUGGACAUCAACUACAAUUGCAAAUCUGAGAUGGUGAAGUAUCAUCCGGCUGUUGCAUCAUGGCCUAAUGCUGACACCAUAAGAGGGAUGCCUUUUGACUUUACCAUCCAUGACCCCAAAUACGAGGACAUCAGUUCCAUUUACUCCCCUGACUUUACUCCAAAUGUGGAACGAAACCCCCGACGUCAGGAGGACGUGUACCUUCGUCGUCGUACAGCCCGGAUAAAACUCUCCAAGUACGCAGCAUAUAAUACAUACCAUCACUGUGAGCAAUGCCAUCAGUACAUGGGAUUCAACCCUCGAUACCAGCUGUGUGAGUCUACCCUGCAUGCCUUUACCUUCUCCCAUCUGCUGCUUGGGGAGGAAAUACAGCUCUAUUUCAUAAUCCCCAAAUCCAAAGAGCAUCACUUCGCCUUCAGCCAACCAGGAGGCCAGCUUGAGAGCAUGAGACUGCCCCUUACUUCUGAUUGGAAUCCCGAUUGUAUAAAGAGUCCAAUAUUUACACCCACCACGGGGCGGCAUGAGCAUGGCCUCUUUAACUUGUAUCACGCCAUGGACGGAGCCUCGCACCUGCACAUCCUGGUCAUCAAAGAAUACGAGAUGGCAGUUUAUAAGAAAUACUGGCCCAAUCACAUCAUGCUGGUCCUGCCCACCAUUUUCAACGGAACGGGAAUAGGAGCAGCCCAUUUCCUCAUUAAAGAGUUGUCUUAUCAUAACCUGGAGCUGGAGCGCAGUCGAAGAGUGGAGCACGGAAGUCAUCCUCAGGACGUCUGGCCCUUCAUCGUCCUGGCAGAUGACUCCUGUGUCAUGUGGAACAGUGUGGACAUUGACCCCAAAAGUGGAACUGCUGGACCAGAGAGGAACGUGUCACUAAAGCAGGUGCUGCAGCACAUGGAGUCGUCCCCAGAUAUCACUCAGUAUGGCCUGUGUGGUCUGAGGAAGUGGUCAAGCCAUGGAGCAGGCCUUGGACGAAGGAGAGAGCCCUUCUCACGAGGACACCUACAUGAUUUCCUGCUUCUCAAUGUCGAUCUCACUCAGGAUGUGCAGUACAAUCAAAACCGAUUUACGUGCGACGAUGUAGACUUCAACCUUCGUGUCCACAGCGCUGGCCUUCUAAUUUGCCGUUUUAACAACUUUAGCGUGAUGAAGAAGCAGAUCGCCAUCGGAGGAUAUCGUACAUUCAUUAUCAAGACCAAGAUGACUGAUGUACCAACCACAGUGCAGCCAUCCCAAUAUAUCUGUGCUCCAGAUAGCAAGCAUCUGUUCUUGGCUACACCAGGUCAGCUUCUGCUGGAGAAAUACCUCCAACACACAAGUCAGCGUCUUUUCCCUCUCAGCACCGGCAAUUACAGCCAUCCGCUCCUUUCUGUCGACUGCUACCUGAACCUGGGCCCUGAGGUAACCGUGUGUUUUGUCAGCCCAAGACCACACUCCGUAAACAUCAACACAACUGGUUUGUCCUUCAGCGGCCUCCUGCUUUACUUUUGUGACUCUUUCGUCACACCAGGAUUCCUUAAGAAGUUCCAGUUUCUGAAAGGUGCGACCCUGUGCGUGAUCUGCCCGAACCGCAGUGCUCUUCGCCAGACAGUGGUGCGGCUCGAGCUGGAGGACGAGUGGAGAUUCCGGCUGAGCGACGAGUUUCAAACGGCCAACACCAAAGAGGACCAGCCACUCUUCUUCCUCACAGGAACACACAUCUGACUUAGGAUUGCUGGCUUGCAUGUACAUAGACGUGUAUAGAAUGAAUUAGAAGUCCUGUACACUUGCGCUGGUGUUAUCGAUUUUGGUUUCUGUGUUACUUUUUCAUCUCUUAAAUUCUCCUGCAUAAAAAAUUUUUUUUUGUUGUAUUUUUCGGUUGCAAAUAUGUAUAUGAAAAUGUAUAUUUAUUACCAUAACAGUAACACAACUUCUGUAUUUUAUUAUACAUUUCUUUUAUUAUUAAUGACAGGAAAAUCGUCAUUAAUAAAAUUGUCAAAACCCAUCGAAUGUUUUUGCAGAGGAUGUUUUGUAGAGACAGGAUAUUUUUGUAUAUAUUUAUUUUUGCUUGUUUUUUUGUUUUGUUUUUUCAGGAAAUUGUGCCACUGUACAGCUGUAUUAAAGUUUCGCUACUUCAUCAAGGUUGCUUCUGUAGUAUUUGUUCAGUUCUUGCUAAUGAACUGUAGAGGGCAGUAGAAUGGUAUUCAUUGCUUGCUCCUAUCAAGUUUAUUUUGUACUGUAUAAAGAAAUGACUUUAUUAAAAUGUCUAUAACAACAA